GUAAACAGCACACCCUAUCAGUAAUUACCAUUCAAACAUAACUUGGUGUUAGCAAAAACUUAUCUUUCAACAGCACGCAUAAAAAAUAUACAGAACAGUAGUUGUUUUUAUUAAAAAUUUCUAAAUGAAAAAUUAGUCAUUCCAUUUUCAUUAGCUCAUGGUCAUUCAUAUAAGAGGAAAAAAGAAGAAGUAAAGGAUUGGAAUAUCUUUGAACAUGUUAUGUCGUCAUUGUAGUAAAUUAAUUAAUUAAUAACUUGCACGAGUUUAACAGUGACGUUUUAUCGCUUUUAUAUUAUUGGUGGAGCUUCAAUUGUGCAAUUUGUGACAACACCGUAGACAUUUUUCAAUCAAAGUACAUAAUAUAAUCUAAGAAACACGGCAGAAAUGGUGGCCAUUCCAUAUUUAUUUGAUGAAAUUCAAAGAAUUUUUACAAACACUCCUUUGUAUGCCAUAGUUUUGGAAGCUUUUCUUCUAUUAUCUGUAAUUUGGCUCUUACUUUACAAACGCAACGGGCGCAAACGCUAUAGCAAAGAGGAGGAAGAGGAAAUAAUAGCCAGCUAUGAGCCAGAACCUUUAGUGGCAAAUACUGAUCCUAAUCACCCAUUGUUACGUACCCAUGUAGUGCAAUCGAAAGUAGGUAAACGUGUGGUGGUCGAUGGUAAUGAUUGCCUCAACUUAGCAACUCACAACUAUUUGGGUUUGCUAGAGGAUGAACAAAUUUUAGAUGAUGCCUGUAAAAGUCUUCGAAAAUAUGGUGUCGGUUCCUGUGGUCCCAGGGGUUUUUAUGGUACCAUGGAUGUUCAUUUGGAAUUGGAAGAACGCGUGGCUAAAUUCAUGGAAAUGGAAGAAGCUGUUGUUUAUUCAUAUGGAUUUUCGACCGUCGCUAGUGCCAUUCCAGCAUACUCCAAACGAGGAGAUAUAAUUUUUGUCGAUGAAGCUUGUAAUUUUGCAAUACAAAAAGGACUUGACGCAUCACGUAGUACAAUCUAUUAUUUUAAACAUAAUAAUAUGAACGAUUUGGAACGUUUAUUAGAUGAACAGGCUUCAAGAGAUUUAAAGAAUCCCAAAAAGUCAUCAAAAACUCGUCGAUUUUUAGUAGUUGAGGGUAUUUAUAUAAAUACCGGAGAAAUUUGUCCUUUGCCCGAAUUGGUUGCGCUUAGAGCCAAAUACAAACUUCGAUUGUUCCUUGAUGAAAGUGUUUCAUUUGGAGUUUUAGGUAAAAAUGGUCGUGGUCUUACUGAACAUUUCAAUGUCAAUCGUGGUGAUGUUGAUUUGAUAUGUGCAGGCAUGGAAUGGGCUGUAGCUUCUAUUGGAGGGUUUUGUGUUGGUUCCCAUUUUAUAGUAGAGCAUCAACGUCUUUCUGGUCUUGGUUAUUGUUUUUCCGCCUCAUUACCUCCAAUGUUGUGUCAGGCAGCAAUUUCUGCUUUGAAUCGAUUUGAGAAAGAACCACAGAUAUUUGAAGAGUUACAAAAGAAUUCUAAACUGUUGCACAAUAUAUUUUCACAGCUUUCUAAACUUCAACUUAAAGGCAACGAAUUGUCUCCGGUUAAACAUCUGUACAUUGCAACGCCCUUGGACGAUGCCAUCGAAGAAGAUAAAGCUCUAACUGCUAUUUCGGAAAAGUGUAUUUCUCAAGGAAUUGCUGUUGUUCAAGCUUGCUAUCUUCAUAACAUGGAGAAACAUCCUAUACGCCAUAGCCUGCGUAUAACUACAAACCGUCUUUUGUCUAAACGAGAGAUUGAAGAUGCCUUCAAUACUAUUGAAGAAGUUUCCAAAAAAAUAUUGCCAUAAAUUGUUUGAUAUGUAUGAUUGGCAUAAAUAUUUACAAACAUAGUACAUACAUAUGUAUGUACGUCGUACAUGCUUAUUUCAGUAUAUUAAAUUAAGACAACAAAUGUAUAA